AUGUCGCCGCGGAGCAGCCGCCGCACGGGCGCGCACCGCGCCCGCACCCUGGGCCGCCAGGCCAAGGCGAAGCGGCGCCGCCGCGACCUGGACGAGAUCCACGCGGAUCUGCGGCCCGAGGUCGCCGCCAAGCUGCUGCGGCAGGAGCCUGACCCCGACCUGCCGGGCUGCGCCCAGUUCUACUGCCUGCACUGCGCGCGCUAUUUCGUGGAUCUGACCAGCAUGAAAGAGCACUUCAGGUCCAAGGUGCACAAGAAAAGGUUGAAACAGCUGAGUGAGGAGCCGUACACCCAGGAGGAGGCAGAGAGAGCAGCUGGGAUGGGAUCUUACAUCCCCCCGAAGAAGGUAGAAGUGCAGACCCAACCGAUCGAUGAAGAAAUUGAGAUGGAGGCAUCCAGCUGAGUGCAAUGAACUAAAGGGCCAGGGCUGCCCUGUUUGCAGGUGCUUUUGUUACGGUGCUCCAAAAAGGGUAUCUUUUACUGAGCCCUGUGAGGAAAACAAGCUCUAUUCCAGCCUCCCGGCAAUCAAACCCAGCUGUUUGCCUGGCAGCACUCCUUGUUGAAGUGCUGAUGAGGAGAAGGCAGCCAGAGAGACCUUUGAUGCCCUCGCUGGGGAGGACGCUGGGGACGUUGGGGACGCUGUGUGCCUGACAGCAGGCUCUGCAUUCUCUUUCCUGGGGAAGGAACAGACAGCUUCUUGGUGUAAAUAUUAGCUCAACUAUGCACUCAUCUCUCAGUUUUAGAGCAGUUUUUGAUAAUUCUCCUUGGAUUAGAGGUUGACACCUGUAACUCACCCAUUAAAGCGUGCUGAAAUCA